AUGGCGAAAGCAAUCCACACCCGCAUGGCUCCCCACGGCUACACCCUCCACUUCAACAACUGCCACCGCUUCGCAAACGACCUCGCCGAGCGCAUCGCCACGCGCUCCGACAGAGCGCACACCACCCUGCGCAUGCGCCUGCUGUACAUCUGGAACUCGCUGCCUGCAUCGCACCUCUUUCACGCGGGGGAGUUCACUAAGCAGCUUGUGCGGCUCCCUAAGAAAGUCUUUCUCGAGCGCGUCCUGGGCGAGUUGACCAUCUACGGACCGAUGGACUCAGGCUUUUGGCAUGCGCUCACGAAGGAAGCGCGGAUUGGGACGAAGGCUAUUUUCUUCUUGCUUACUGUUGGUGCGAUGACGGUGUUCUUGCAGAUGGCGAGGGGGCUUACGCGGUGGGAUCCUGAGGACGCGAUGUAUCGGGCGGAGUAUCUCAGGCUGUUCGAGUGUAUCCCUGGAGUUUCGGAAGAUAUGGCUAGCACGUACCUAAUGUGUGCGUUUCAGGGGCCGAAAGUCCUAGGGAGUAUGGUAGAUAGUUUGUUUCAGGCGUCUGCGAAGGGGCCGAAAGGUUUUCUGAAGGAGAGCUUUGAGCUGCUUAAGGGUGCGGUUCCGUAG